UGCUCACUACUGUGCAUUCCAAGAAACCAACGUUGUUCUAAGUUCGACGUACAGGUUUCUUCUCUCUAUCGUGAUUACUUCGACGUCGCGAUGGAUGACCUAGAGGCUCUACUCGCAGACCUUCAGUCGGCAGCUCCUUCCAAGCUGAAUGAUCCUUCGACUGAUUCUCGUCUGAAAGCUGACAGAUCGUCUCUAACUGCCCAGGAAUGGCCUGCGCCUCCUCCUCCGCUCGACGCAGUCGAUGCAGAUCCUCCGGAGGCUGUAGAUGUUCCGGACGCUCCCAAAGAGGAGCCAGAACCUCAAAAUGAUACUAAAGAGAAAGAAAGAGAAGAGAGUCCAAAGAGCGAGGACGAAAAGCCUCCUCCCAUUCCACCAUUACCCAAAGAGUUUCAGCAGGGUCCGACAAUGAAGCCACCGACAUCAACAUCUGCUAAUUUGGCAGAAUUGGACAACCUGCUGGAAGCUCUCAACACCACGCCGUACACGGCGGAAAUUGAUUCUGUUGCAUUGUCACUGACCUCUAACAGAAUUCCUGAAUCUCAGCCACCGGCAACGACAGUGAUGAGUCCAUCACAUGCCAAUGUCAAAGCUCUUCUCUCCGAGUUGGACGACGUCAUUGAGUCAGACAACAAGGCAGCUAGCAAUAACAAUGAUGAUGUCAAGUCGAUGACUGAAAUUAGAGCAAGCACCACUACUGCCACUAAAGAGCUGGAUGCUCUAAUGGCAUCGUUAUCAGACUUUAAAGUGUCAGCAGGUAAGAAAGUAGCUGCUGCAGCUAUUUCUACACCGGUAGCUAACGUUGUUCCACAAACGGCGACGACCGAUGGUGAUGCAGGGGAAAGUACAACAGCUCCGUAUGCGAUUCCCAAGAAAUUAGCUAAAUCAUCAUCAAAAAAGGAAAUAGACUCGAUGCUGGGGACUCUUCAAAGCGACGUAACAGCACACGGUGUUGAUACGACUGCCAAGGGAGUUUGUCCUGCUUGUAAGAAGGCAAUUGUAGGGCAAGUGGUGACUGCGUUGGGUGCGACUUGGCAUCCGGAACAUUUCACGUGCGUGUCCUGUAAUAUGCAGCUGUCACAUCAGACUUUCUUUGAAAGAGACGGCCGGCCAUACUGCGAGAAGGAUUAUCACGACCUUUUCUCACCAAGAUGUGCCUACUGCAGCGGACCAGUUCUUGAUAGUUGCAUCACUGCUAUGGGAAAAACAUGGCAUCCUGAUCAUUUCUUCUGUUCUCACUGUGGCCGACCGUUUGGCACAGAAACGUUUCACGAGAAGGAUGGCAAAGCCUACUGUGAAAAGGAUUAUUUUGAGUUGUUUGCACCUCGUUGUGGGGCAUGCAACAAACCGAUUAUGGAAGGCUUUGUGUCAGCCAUCAAUCAGCAGUGGCACACAGAAUGUUUUGUGUGCUGGGCUUGUAAGAAGGCAUUUGCAGGUGGCAACUUCUUUGAGCACGAGAACAAGCCGUUCUGUGAGUUUCACUACCACGAACGUCGAGGUAGUCUUUGCUACGGCUGCCAUAAGCCAAUCCUUGGUCGAUGCAUCACAGCAAUGAGCAAGAAAUUCCACCCAGAACACUUUGUCUGCGCUUUCUGUCUCAAGCAAUUGAACAAAGGAACAUUCAAAGAGAGUCACGAAAAGCCGUACUGCCAUCCAUGCUUUAUCAAGUUGUUUGGCUAGAAGCAAACGGCUUUGAGUGCCGAAGGAGACUUGUAGGAAUCAAAUUUACUGAUAGACUUUGACAUUUAGACUUUGGAGUUGACUGUUUUGUUACAGUUUCGGGAUGGAAAAGAGGGAUUUUAUGUCAGGUGGGGAAGUGUGAUUAUUAUGAUAGGAUAUUGCAUACGAUCUGUUGAUUUGUCAUUGUUGUCUGUUCCACUCAUUUCAUUUUUGCCCAUUAGGCAUUUUUAUUGGUAUGGAAUCGGGUUGAUGUGGUAUCUUGUUAAUUAAAACGACUAAAAGUAUGCCGACUAUCCAGUUUCUACUGUAGAUGCCAGUUGUCUACAGGAAGUAAUCUGGGAUAGGUUUCUUCA